AUGAAAUCAAUGACUUCAGUGCCCCUGUAUCCACACAGCCUGCCCCAACUCAACCUAAAUCCUGGAAACCAACCUGGCUUACAGCUGCCUGCGAGUGCACAACCAGCCCAAACAACCCUGAAAGAGGGCAAAAUCUUAGGGGCCCUCCAGAUCCUGAUUGGCCUCAUACACAUUGGCCUCCAGAGCAUCCUGGGUGCCACCUUAUUUGGGGGCUAUGAAGGUAUCUCAUUUGUUGGAGGCUGAGCUUUCUGGGGAGGCAUCUCGUUCAUCAUUUCAGGAUCCCUCUCAGUGGCAUCAGAACAGCAGCCAAACUCUCCUUGCCUGCUGAAGGGCAGCUUGGGCAUGAACAUCGUCAGUGCGAUCUUUUCUGCGAUGGGAAUCUGUCUCUUCAUCACAGAUAUCUGUAUUAACUACCUAUAUACCUACCUCAACUGGAGUGUGAAACCUGGAAUGGCUACAUCCGGCGGGCUGCUGCUGCUCAUCUUCAGCCUCCUGGAGCUCUGGAUUACCUCCGUAUGUGCCCAUUUUGGCUGUCAACUGCUCACCUACCACCUCCUGUGCUGUCUUUUCCGGGGGACCGUGGUCUACCAAACCAUCUACGUGGCAAACCAAGUGGCUGUCCCAGAACCAGUGAACUUGCCACUGUCUUAUUCCAUAUGA